AUGACGGACCAUACCGACAGACACUUCUUCCCGGAGCGGGACGAAAACAUUCUUGCCGACGAGAGCCACCCAGGAUAUCCGAUAGAAGACAUCGAGCAACCUGAAAGACACGACAGAAUUGAGUCUGAUGCUUCUACCUCCUUGGGCCAUGAUGCGGAGAAAGACACACUUGAGAGAACCGAUACUAGUUCGACUGAAAAUGAGCGAACUUUUCAACCCAUCAUGGCGGGAGACCGGGAUGAACUGAAGAAGAUUGCAUCUAAUUUUGGGGGCUCAGCGCUGGGCAGAAGUAAUACCAAUGCAUCCUCGGCGCUUUCGAGGCAAGACACUCUCGCCGGUGUGAAGUUAGGCGAUCCUGUUCUUGAUCCGGCCUCACCAGACUUUAAUGUCUACAAGUGGGCACGCAUGAUCAUGAAACUCAUUGACGAGAAUGAUGUUGUCCAAAGACGAGCUGGCAUCGUCUGGAAAAACCUGAAAGUAUGCGGUUCGGGCUCGGCAAUCAAUCUGCAGAAAAACGUCGGAUCACUACUUUUGGCACCUCUGCGUUUUGGCGAGUUCUUCGGGAGGGGACCAGAAAAGACCAUCUUGAAUGAAUUUGAUGGGUGCUUGAAGUCUGGAGAGAUGCUUGUGGUCCUCGGUCGGCCAGGUAGUGGUUGCUCCACCCUUCUCAAAACAUUGAUGGGCGAACUUCACGGACUUGAUAUGAAAGAGCAAUCUGACAUCCAUUAUAAUGGUAUCACACAGAAGCAGAUGAUGAAGCAGUUCAGGGGUGAGCUGGUAUAUAACCAGGAAGUUGACAAGCACUUUCCGCAUUUGACAGUCGGCGAGACCCUCGAAUUUGCUGCCCGUGUCCGCACACCCCAGACGCGCUUAGUCGAAGGCGUCAGUCGCGAAAGCUGGGCUAAACACAUGGCACAAGUCGUCAUGGCUGUUUUCGGUCUUUCACAUACAUACAACACGAAGGUUGGAAACGAUUUCGUUCGGGGUGUUUCUGGUGGAGAAAGGAAGCGUGUCAGCAUCGCAGAAAUGGCUUUGGCCGGUUCUCCUAUUGCAUCCUGGGAUAACUCUACCAGAGGUCUGGAUGCCGCAACCGCCUUAGAAUUUACCAAAUCCCUACGAAUGUCAUCCAACCUUCAGGGAACAGUCCAACUCGUCGCAAUCUAUCAAGCUUCCCAAGCUAUCUACGACCUAUUCGACAAAGCCGUAGUCUUGUACGAGGGACGUCAGAUUUAUUUCGGGCCUUGUAACGCUGCGAAACAAUACUUCAUUGAUAUGGGGUACGAGUGUCCAGCUCGUCAAACUACCGGAGACUUCUUGACUUCAGUCACUAACCCAUCUGAACGCAUUGCCCGCAAAGGGUUUGAGGGCAAAAUUCCUCGUACUCCUGAUGACUUCGAGAAGUACUGGAAAGCUUCUCCAUACUAUAAAUCGUUGAAGGAAGAAACCCAACACCAUGAAGAGGAGUUCCCAAUGGGUGGCAAGACACUCGAGACCUUCAAAGAGAGCCGCAAAGGUAUGCAAGCAAAACAUGUCCGACCUGAAUCACCAUACACUGUCAGCAUUCCUAUGCAAAUCAAGUACUGCACCAAGCGAGCUUAUCAACGUCUUUGGAACGACAAGACUAGCACGGUCACGACUAUCAUCGGUCAAAUUGUGAUGGCUCUCAUUAUCGGGUCAAUUUUCUAUGGUACACCAAACAACACCGCCUCUUUCUUUCAAAAGGGAGGUGUUCUCUUCUUCGCUAUUCUCCUCAACGCCCUUAUUGCCAUCUCCGAAAUCAACAACUUGUACGCCCAGCGUCCUAUUAUCGAGAAGCAAGCAUCUUACGCAUUUUAUCACCCAUUCACAGAGGCAAUGGCUGGUAUUGUUGCUGAUAUUCCUGUCAAGUUCGCAAUUGCGACCGUCUUCAACGUCAUCUUGUACUUUCUGGCCGGUCUUCGACGAGAACCCUCCCAGUUCUUCAUCUUCUUCAUGUUCAAUUUCGUCGCCAUUCUUACGAUGUCUCAAAUCUACCGAAGUAUAGCUGCGUCAACGAAGACUGUCUCCCAAGCUCUAGCCAUUGCUGGAGUUGUCACUUUGGCAAUCGUUAUUUACACUGGUUUCGUCAUCCCCCGACCUCUUAUGCAUCCUUGGUUCAAGUGGAUCAGCUGGAUCAAUCCCGUCGCUUACGCUUUCGAGGGACUAUUCGUGAAUGAGCUCCAUGGGCGGGAAUUCAUUUGUUCCCAGCUCGUUCCAUCUGGUCCAGGAUACUCGCUCACGGGGAACAACUUCGUCUGUGCGGUUGCGGGCUCAGUCGCUGGUCAACAGACUGUCUCUGGUGAUGAUUAUCUCGAUGCUCAAUUUCAAUACUCAUACUCUCACAUCUGGAGGAAUCUUGGGUUCAUGUUCGCCUUCAUGAUCUUCUUCUUGUUCGUCUAUCUUGCCGCUACCGAAUUCAAUUCUGCAACAGAUAGUUCUGCCGAGGUACUAGUAUUUCGCCGCGGCCACGUUCCUAAGCAUCUCGAACAGGCCGAAAAGGCGGCCAAGAAUGAUGACGAAGCUCCUGCUGCUGCGGGCGUUGGAAGUGGUAGCAGAGAUGAUGCUGGCGAUGAGGCACAUCAAGACGAGGAGGUACAAGCUUUACCACCUCAGACCGAUGUCUUCACCUGGAAGGACGUGUGCUAUGACAUUAAGAUUAAAGGGAACCCUCGAAGACUUCUUGACAAUGUUAAUGGAUGGGUCAAACCUGGGACACUCACCGCCCUCAUGGGUGUUUCUGGUGCGGGCAAAACCACUCUUCUAGAUGUUCUUGCUCAGCGAGUCUCUAUGGGCGUUGUUACCGGUGAUAUGUUCGUUUCGGGAAAACCAUUGGACGCAUCAUUCCAACGUAAAACCGGUUACGUUCAACAACAGGAUCUUCACCUGGAAACUACGACCGUCCGCGAGGCUCUUCGAUUUUCUGCCAUGCUCCGUCAACCCAAGACUGUGUCGAAACAAGAGAAGCACGAGUUUGUCGAAGAUGUCAUCAAGAUGUUGAAUAUGCAAGACUUUGCUGAGGCAGUCGUAGGUGUACCUGGAGAAGGUCUCAAUGUCGAACAACGUAAACUCUUGACUAUCGGUGUCGAACUGGCUGCCAAACCAGCUCUGCUUCUGUUCUUGGAUGAACCCACUUCUGGUCUCGACUCUCAGUCUUCCUGGGCAAUCGUCUCGUUCCUCCGCAAACUCGCCGACAAUGGACAAGCUGUCUUGGCUACUAUCCAUCAACCUAGUGCAGUCCUUUUCCAACAAUUCGACAGACUUCUUUUCCUCGCGAAAGGUGGACGUACGGUUUAUUUUGGCGACAUUGGGGAGAAUUCCACAACACUUUUGAACUACUUUGAGUCUCACGGGGCUGAGAAGUGUGGCGAUGAUGAAAAUCCAGCAGAAUACAUGCUUACCAUGGUGGGAGCAGGACCUGGAGGCAAGUCCAAAACGGAUUGGGCAGACGUAUGGAAUAACAGCGAAGAAACAAAAGGAGUUCAAAAAGAACUACAGCGGAUUAAAGACGAAAUGGGAUCCCAACACUCUAACGAGGGUGACUCCGAGGCUUCACACAGCGAAUUUGCCAUGCCAUUCCCACAACAACUUAAGGAAGUUACCUUUCGUGUCUUCCAACAAUAUUGGCGGACACCAGGAUACAUCUACAGCAAGAUCUUGUUGGGUGUCGCUUCUGCUCUAUUCAUUGGAUUCUCAUUCUUCCACGCCGAUGCCACUCAACAAGGUACCCAAGACGUCAUUUUCUCCAUCUUCAUGAUUACGACAAUUUUCACGACUUUGGUCCAGCAAAUCAUGCCUCGUUUCAUUCUCCAAAGAGAUUUGUACGAGGUACGAGAGCGUCCAUCCAAGGCAUACAGUUGGAAGGCAUUUCUCAUCGCGAACAUCGUUGUCGAGAUUCCAUACCAGAUCCUUCUAGGUAUUAUGGUUUUCGGCUCUUACUUCUACCCGAUUUACACGAACGAAGGUAUUCCAUCCGGGGAAAGGCAGGGUCUCAUUCUCCUUUUCUUGGUCCAGUUCUUCGUCUUUGCCAGCACCUUCGCUCAUAUGCUUAUUGCCGCCUUACCCGAUUCCGAGACCGCUGGUAACAUCGCCACGCUGAUGUUCUCUCUGACAUUGACUUUCAACGGUGUCUUCCAACCUCCAAAUGCACUUCCAGGAUUCUGGAUCUUCAUGUAUCGUGUAUCUCCAUUGACUUAUCUUGUCGGUGGUAUCGCAGCAACCGGUCUGUCUGGCCGUGAAGUUCAGUGCUCCGACAGCGAACUCGCGGUAAUGCAACCCCCGGCCGGUUCAAACUGCGGUGACUAUCUCGCUCCCUACGCACAAGCAGCUGGUGGUAGAAUCUACAAUCCUCUUGCCACCGCCGACUGUCAAUACUGCGCAUUAAUCAACACCGACCAAUCCCUCGCCUCCACAAAUGUCUACUACGGCGAGCGCUGGCGCAACUAUGGAAUUGGCUUUGCUUACAUCUUUUUCAACAUCUUCAUGGCUGUUUUGCUGUAUUACCUUAUCAGAGUACGCAAGGGUAGUGGAAAGAGCAUGUCAGAGAAAUUUGCGCCAGUUUUGAAGCUGUUUAAGAAGGAUCCUGGAGAGAAUAAGACGGGGUCGACGGAGAAGAAGAAGGAAGCUCCUCAGGCUAAGGGUGGAAGUAUCUUGCCUUCCCAUAAUAAAUAG